CGUCUUUCUCCUCUGGCGCAGAUUUGGUGGGUGUGUGAAGGAAUAUGGCGCAACCCCCGCCCCUGGCAGAGGUGGCCAUGUACUCUGAGUGCGCGUCUUUGACAGAGAGCCUCCAAGAGCGGAGCCCGCCGAGGAUCGUUCUCAGCUCUUACCCUCCAGCCGUCGGUAGAGAGGUGGUCCGCAGCGUUCUUCCGCCGCUGAAGGGGUCCUCUCGGCUGUCUCCCGCUGGGAGAGAGACGGGGAGCGGGGAAGGCGAGGAGCAGAGUCCUCUGCAGACGAGGGAGGAGGUGGAGUGGACAAUGGAGGUGCUGGGACACGGUCUCCAGCUCCCUCUCUCAGACCACGACCUCGUCUCCUCGUGCAUCGCCGUCUACGAGGAUUGGCUGAGUGCCUUCUCCCCCUCCCCCUCCUCCACCGUCCCUGCCCCUGUUGUUACAGACCCUAAUCGCUACUGCCUGGUGAUCCUGACUCAUCUCUACCAACUGUUCACCCCGCGCGAGGCUGACAGUGGGUCCCAGCUGGAGCUACACCUACAGCUGUGUCAGAAGGUCCUCACCCUCACCAAGUCUCUGGUCAUGACAUCGGGGGAGAAGCUCUCGGUGGCAGACCUCCUCCUCUCGCCGCCCCUCGACCCCUUCUCCCUUCCCGCUCGACUAUCUGGACAACUGACACACGUACUAUUUGCUGCCUGGCUGCGUGCCUGCACAGCCUUCUUCCCCGAGCCCCACAUGUGGAAGAGCCUGAGAGAGCUGUGUCUGCGCUGGCGUCACCACCUCUGUCUGGCCACCGAGUGGAGCUCCCUCAUGUACUCCCUGACCCUCCGCGUCGUCUCUCUUCUCUAUUCCCCCUCCUACCUCGCCCAUCUCCAGGACAACCUUCACGAGGACUCAGAGUUCUCUGAAAUCCUCCGCUCCAUUCCCCCGGACUCCCUGGUCCAGGCCUGGUUCCGUCUCCUACACACUCUGGGGAACCCCGUGGACCUCUCCUCUCUCUCCUCUCUCCCUCUCUUCCAGAAGGUGGCAGGGGACCAUCUCUCGGUGCCGCCAGCCCCCGAUCUUCCUCACAUAUUCUACGAGGCUCUGCAGGGGGUUGCAAGACUCGUGUACCUGUUCCUUGGUCUGGAACCACGGCAGGAGGUGCCACGCCCACCAUCCGAGGGUUCUGCGUCUUUCCCUCCCCUCUCUGCCCGGCCGUCUCCUCAAGGUCUGCGUCGGAAAGGCAGCAAAGAGUUCCGGGACAAGAGCAGUGUCUCUGGAAGUAUUGGUGGAGGUGGUGGGACCAAGAAGUCAACGAUAUGGUAUGAUGUCACUUCUCCCAGACUCCCGAUAGUGCCUCAGUUAACUCCCCUCACCUCGCCUCUCUCCUCUGACGUCAAGAGACCAAGAGGCAACACUAUUCUCCAUCUGUUUGGUAGCUGGCUGUUUGAGGCAGUCACCAGACCAGUGCUGCACGCUGCAGGAGGCGAGAGAGGGAGACAGACUGACAGUGCCAGACCUGCAGUCUUCCGCAGUCUUGUGGACCUCAACGGAAGCACUGACUCCACCCUCACGCUGACCACACCCCCUGAAGACCACGCCCAGUUUGAGGCGGGGCGAGCCGAGGCAAUCGGAGCUCUGUGUGCCAUAUUCUCCUCGCAGCCAUGUGGGGAGCCUUUCCUCCCAGUCUACCUAGCCAGGUUCUACCGCUGUCUGCACCUUGGACUCAAGCAUGAUGAGGCAUCGCAGGGACUUGUGAUGACUCGUAUCCUUCUCAACUCGCCAUCUCUGUUUCGUAAAGGUCUCCCUGGACUAAACCUUGUUCUCCCUUCCUUCCUGACUGCCCUGGAACUGGUCCUUCCUCACCCGGCACCGCUAGUCAGGUGUUCUGUGGGUACUCAGGAGCUGAGACAUGCGUCAAUCCAGAUUCUCCUAUCGGUUUUCUCUCUCCCUCUCCACUUCCUUCAGCAGCCCUUACCUGCCAUGUCAGUAGAGGAUGAGGAGGAGGAGGAGGAGAGAGACAGCGUCACGUUUUACAGCCUGCGAGAGUGGACUCUCUGGUUGCUGUUCUCUGCCAUCGAGCACGAGAGAGAUGGCUCCAACUUGCAGCUGCUUCUGCACGGAGUGUUGGUCUGUCUCCAGGACACUGUGCUGUAUGAGAACGUGACAACAAGACUGGCCGAGGAGGGAGUGGGGGAGGGAGAGAGUGGAUCGGCCAGAACUGAAUUCUUUUCCUCCGUUGUCAAAGAUUACGGGUCAGCCAGUCUGUUUCGCAGAGCCAGCAAGGCAGCUCACUGGUGCCUGCUCCAGUGGCAGAACAAGAUACACAUCUCUCUGUCGGCGCUGGAACUGCUGCAAGGACUGGCACAGCUACAGUUUGAGUACAUAGACCAUGAAGACCUGAAUAUGGCGGUCAUGUGGGUGUGUGAGUACAUUCACCGUCGGGCGGAGAAAGACAAGAUACUCCACUCGAAGGACCUGCACACCUCCAUUGUGGCUGCCUUCUCCUGCCUCCUCUCCUGGGUCACCCUCCAUCCUUACCUACUGGGAGACAAGACCAUUCUGGAGGCAGUGAUGCAGGUGGUGGAACUAGGCAUAUCCGGAACCUUCUCUCAGAGCCCCUCUGGAUCAACUGUUUACAAAGGAGAAAAGGAGUUGAAACCAAUCUCUGGAAGAGUAAAAGAAAUUGCCGAAUUUGUCCUGACUGCCAUAAUGGAGCAAGUGGUAAAAUUUGAACAAAAGUACAAUUUUCAGCGCUACAUUCCCGCCGGGUGUUGUGGCGUGCACCUGUAACCAGAGCUACUACUGGGGCAGAGUUCGGUGGAUGGCUUGAGGUCGGGGUUCCUGAAGGUUGGCGCGCUAUGCUGAGCGGACGCCCGCACUAAGUCCUGCGUCAACAUGGGCGUAUCUACGGAAGCAGUUGCGUCCAGGUUGUAUAGUGAGAGUCGUACCGGCCCAGGGCGGAAACGCAGCAGGCAAAAGGCUCCGCGCUCGACGGUAGUGGGACUACGUCUGUGAAUAGGCGUCAUCCGUCAGCCCGGCCAACAUAGUUAGACCCGAACUUUUUUUCGAACAUCUUGGAUCAGAAUUAGUCCUUCUUUUGCUGGUUUAGGCAACGCAGUGCACGAGAGAGGACCAUUCUAUUUUUUUUACUACAAUGAAAUGUGAAUGUAGCUCCCUGUUGUCGCAGGGAGCUUUUCCUUUGCCUUGUGGGGCGGAGUCAACGUCCAGUCUUCUGAAUGAAGAGCAUCUGCUGGCAAGACUACCUGUGACUGGCACCCAGACCACAGCUGACUCUCAAUUCCGUUACUUUCUCGUUGACAACUCAAUUGUACUGGGUCUGCUGGAGGCUGAGUUCACUGCAGAUGCAGCUCCGUCGGUGACGGCCGUUGUGAGAGGGCUCUCUGGACGACACAGCUGGAACAUGCAGCUGAGAAUGAGACCUCGUUCCAGCCAGGCUGUUGGUUCGCAGUGUGGGAGUAUGCCGAGGCCAGCCCCCACUUCUCCUCCCCUCCUCUCUCCCUCUUCCUUCCAUCGCACUCCCUGGCCCGAGGAGGCCUGUGAUGGUCCUGAACUAGAACUGAACAGCAGUAUCCCCAGUCUCCAGUCAGUCCUGGACACAGCUGGUCGCGAAGAGUACGAAGAAAUGGCUCAGCAGUUGUCACGAGAGACAGAGCUGGAGACCAGUGGCAGAGGAGACCUUCUCCUGGCCCCCUGCCCUCCCCUCCACCCUCCUGUCAGGACUGAGGUGUCCAUGUCCACUGGCAGACUACUGCUGAACCACCUCAGUCUGCUGGGAAUGGAGGUUAUUCAGCCACUGCAGGCAGGUCAGAAGCAGUCAGUGGUGAUGCUGGACCACUCAAAUCCCAGUUUCAAGCAGUCACUGGGUGGACUGGACCGACUCCCCACCAGGGUCUGUAACACUGUCUUCGUACUCUACUGCAGACAAGGCUGCCACAGACCAGAUGACAUUCUGGCUCAGCAGGCGGGGUCUGUGGGAGCCAGGCCACCUGAGUUCUUGGAGUUCCUCCAGGGACUCGGUUGGUCUGUGGACGAUCUCAGUCACACCGGGUUCUCUGGGAAGAUCCGUCCUGAGAGACCAGACGAAACAGGCCACCUGCUCCAGUUCGCUGCCCAGGUUCCUCAGCAGCAGCCGUUCCACUACUUCGCGGACUCCAUGACUGAGAUGGCGUUUGUUCAGCCAAUUCUGCGGUCGUCGGUGAGCCACUCCUCGGCGAGUCUGCGCAGCGUGGAGUCCUCUGACUCUGGCCAAGACGCAGUGUCACUGAUGAGCAAGUCCAGCCUCCCUCCACCUGCUCCUUCAGCUGCUGCAGGUGUUGAGAGAGAGCAGCUCUCCUCCCAGACCUCUCUCCCCUUCCUCCCUCAUGCCAACCAGGCCGCAGCGGAGGGGGAGAGGUUUCACACUCUCCCCACGCGAGGGAAAUUGACGUCAGGCUCACGGACAGACAUACACUCCAUCUCUGACCAGCCUCGCAAGAAGACUGCAGUUCCACAGGACUGUGCAGCGAUGGUAGUGUGGCUGGAGAGGUUUGAGGACCACGCAUCGUUUCCUCUGGAGAGCCUGAGUGCCGUCCUCCAUGGAGCAAGUUUCUCUGGAGGCAGUCGAUUGAGCCACCAGCGCAGGGUCCUCCCCUGUAUCUUCAUCCACAUGCUGCCCUCUGGACUCUACCAAGUCACCACCACUGCUCCAAGCUGAAGUCAGGAGGUGAAGUCUGUUUCCUCUUUGAAACUGAGGAGACCUCCUCUGUACGAAUCUGUCACUGACUGAGCCCUGUUCCUGUGCAUGUGGAAGCCAUUUUCUCAUAUACUGCUGGGGGAAAUACAAAUCCUCGGUGCAGGGGGGCUGGUGUGUCAGUGUCUGAUGCAUGAUAGGAACUGCAGUUUCAUCUGCACACUCACACACAGGAUGGAGUCACUAGCUGGACCACUGAUGGAGGGGAUGGUGGUAAGUCGCAGAUCUCUGAGUCGCCUUGUGAGGCUCACUGCUGCCAACAUGUGUGGCAGACAUCGGCUAGACAACGAAGGGUACUGUCCACCUCACGUGAAGAGGAAGAGGAAGAUAGAGGAGAUGGCAGCUGCAUUCUCUCUCCAGACAUCCGUCCCAGAAUUCUACUCCAGACUCCUGUUCCCUGACAGAACUGUUCCCUGAGAAUAGCGUAGUGACCCUGAUUUUGUCCUCAUCAUUCAAGUGUUGGCAUUCGGUAUAGUUGCGUUG